AGUAGCACAACAAACGUCGCGUAAUAAAAUAGUAAAUUAGUAAAUCCAUAAUAUAUUCUGAGGAAAAAAGUGGCGUGAUCUAAUCCUUAUUCAAUUUUUCUGGACUCAAAUUUUCAAUUGAAUAAAUACACAUACACAUAUACAUUGUAAUUAAGGCGGUAUUAUAAAAUUUAGUGAUUUGGAUUAUUUUUGGGAAAAUAUUUAAAAUACUCUAAAAUAUUGUUGAAUUGUGGUAUUACAUCGUAACAAAAUAUAUAUUUGACAAAGAUGGGAUCAGAAAAAAAAGAAGUUAGAGUUUGGUGCGAUGGCUGUUAUGACAUGGUGCAUUUUGGUCAUGCGAAUUCCUUACGUCAAGCGAAGGCACUUGGUGAUAAAUUAAUUGUUGGAGUUCAUACAGACGAAGAAAUUACAAAACAUAAAGGUCCUCCAGUAUUCACGCAAGAAGAGAGAUACAAAAUGGUUCGUGGUAUUAAAUGGGUAGAUGAAGUGAUUGAAGGUGCUCCCUAUGUAACAACAUUGGAAACAUUAGAUAAAUAUGAUUGUGAUUUUUGCGUCCAUGGUGAUGAUAUUACAAUGACAGCAGAUGGAAUUGAUACUUACCAUUUGGUUAAAGAAGCAAAUCGUUAUAAGGAAGUGUCACGUACAGCUGGAAUCUCAACAACAGAUCUUGUAGGCCGAAUGCUUUUAAUGACUAGAAAUCAUUUCAGACAAGGCAAUAACGAAUACUGUAUAGAGAAAGAAGACAAUUUUAAAUAUUCCAAACGAAUAAAAUCACCGUUAGGUUCGUCAAAUAUGGGUCAGGACUCAGCAGCUCGAAGUCCUUGGACUGGUUGCAGUCAGUUUUUACCCACAACCCAAAAAAUUAUACAGUUCAGUGAUGGUAAAGCGCCGAAGUCUGGAGAUAAAAUAGUUUAUGUUGCUGGUGCUUUUGAUCUUUUCCAUGUGGGUCAUUUAGAUUUCCUUGAAAAAGCAAAACAGUACGGCGAUUAUUUGAUUGUUGGAUUACAUACUGAUCCAGUUGUUAAUCGUUAUAAAGGCAGUAAUUACCCAAUAAUGAAUUUGCAUGAAAGAACUUUAAGUGUACUUGCUUGCAAAUAUGUUAAUGAAGUUGUUAUUGGUGCCCCGUAUUCAGUAACGAAGGAUUUAAUGGAACACUUUAAGGUUGAUGUUGUGUGUCAUGGUCAAACUCCAAUAUCAUUAGAUCACGGUAACAUUGAUCCAUAUGCUAUACCAAAGACGUUAGGAAAAUUUUUGUUGAUCGAUUCUGAAAACAAUAUGACAACAGAAAAAAUUGUUCAAAGGAUAAUUAGUCAUAGAUUAGAGUACGAAACAAGAAAUACUAAGAAAGAAAAGAAAGAAAUCGAAGCUUAUGAAGCCUAUCAAAAGGCUAUCAAACAAACUCAAAAAGCUGGUUAAAAUUUUUUUUUUUUAACAAUUAUGAAGAAAUGCAAAUGGUUGCAAAUAUAUGUAAUUACAAUAAAAACAAAAUAUUUUAGAAAUUUAAUUUAAAAAAAAACUUUAUGAGUUAAAAAUAACAUUUAUAUAUAAAAAAAUAAAUAAUAAAUGCUUCUGUUAAUUCAAAUAUGAGAAACUAAAGAAAUAGAAUGAAAUUUUAAGAACCUAAAGAACAAAAUAAACUGAACAAAGGUUUUACAUAAAUAUAAAAGUUGACAGUUUUUUUUCACAUUUGUAUUAUAAACACUAAUUUUUCUUAAAUAAUUUAAUUAUACACAUACAUAUGUUUGAUUUUUAUUUAAAUACAACGUAUGCUUUUCAAUUUCUUUCUUUAUAAUUUACAUUACAUCACUUUUUUUUAUAUACAAAUUGUUUGUUUGUUUAUCAGAAUAAUUUUCGUUGUUAUUUAAGUAUUUAUUUUUGUAAGCCUUUUUAGACUUAAAUAGCUUAAUUUUAGGUUAAUUAUAGUAAUAUAUAAUACUUUUAAUUUUCUAAAAUGAUGAAAUGUAACGCUAUUUGCUUUUUUUGUGGCGGAGGAUUCAAAAGUUUUGUUGUGUAUAAAUAUUAUAAACAAUUUAAAACAUUAAAAUUUUAUCUAUUGUUUUACUAAUUUACUCUAACGUUUAAAAUUAUAUAUUAUUUUUAAGUUUUACACUUUAAAAAUGAGAUAUAAUUUAAUUUUUAAGGCAAGUUAUAAUACGUAUUUGCAAAUUUUCCAUUUUUUUUUAUAAAAUGAAUCGGCACCUCAUAGCUCAUCAAUGUGCUUUGUAGAAAUUCUGAAGUUCAUAAUAGUUUUGCUACAGGAUAUAUGAUAUCUCGUAUUAAAAGAAAUAUGUAUAUUAGCAAGACAUAAAAUUAUGCAAAUUCACAUAAAUAUAAAUAAAUAAAAAAAUUUUCUAUAUAUACGUAUUUAGCCUGCAAAAAAGUAUUUUAAUCUUAAAUUUUAUGCAAAUACGAAAUAUCACUUGCCAUAUUUUUUUAAUAUGCUUUAAUAAAAUUUCACAUAGUUAUAAUUAUAAAUAACAUAGACCAUGUAUACACGCAUACAUACAUAUAUUAGCUUAAGAAAGUUAUAUAUAGUUAGAAAAUUGCUUCAGAUUACUUCUUGUGUUUUGUUGGGUUAUUUAUCAUAUUUUUAAAGGAAUUCGAAAUUACUAAAGGAAACAUUCUGUUUUUUAUUGUACUACAUCUUCACGAAUUCUAGUUCUGAGAAAGCUAUAUAAUAUUGGAACGAAAAGUAUUAACAUGUGUCAAUGUACGCAAAACCCUAAGGCAAACUGAGAAAAGAAGUAUUCGAAUCUUUCUAAAAUACUCUGUUUGUGGUUAAAACUUUUAUAUGCAUAUAUGUAUGUAUAAGUGUAUUUUUCUAAACUUUUACGUUAUUUUGAUAAGAACAAAAUUUGUCUCUUAAAUAAAGCUUGCAAUUUCAAAAAACUGUACAAUUUUAGAAGAACGUCUUUCUUAAUAUCUUUUCUUUAAAUUUUAGAUUACUUUAACAAGAAUUCUGUUUAAAUUUUAAUUAUUUUAUCUUUUUUUAAAUAGUUGUAUACAUGUUCUUUUGCAUUUUCUUAUUUAAAAAUUACAUUUAUUAUUGUAAAAUAAAAUGAUUUCAUUUAUUUCUUUUUUUUUUUUAAUUUGCAUGUAUUUUUUAUUAAAUUAAAUUUUAACUUAAAUUUUUUGUUCUUAAUAACUUACUACUACUAUUGUAAUUAAUUUGUAAGUGGUGACUGUAUUCCAUUGAAUAUUAAAAAAAUACUAUAAUUAUGUAGAAAGUUUUCUAAUUAAUUUUGAUUUUGAUAAUAUUGUUGUCAUUUAAAAGAAGGUUAUCCUGUUAAACUUAACAGUUUAUCGAUUUUUUAAAUGGAUAGAUAUUUAAAAUAAAUAUAAUGCUUUAAAAUUUUAUAAAUACACAACUUAUUAAAUAUGCAUACAUUGAUAUUUUAAUAAAAGCCGGCAACAAUUUUUAUGUUAAAACUGCUUUGUCUAUAACAUUUUUAAUUUUUUAUAUUACAUUUUUUUAAUUUUAUUUUCUUUUUUAAACAAUCUAGACGAGAGCCAAUGCCUAUUGUGUAUAGUUUGGAUGUGUUUGAUUCACCUAAUAAUAAUUCAUCAUAAAAAUCACAUAAAUUGUAAAAAGGAUUAAUAAUAAUUGCACAUAACAAUUAUUAUUAACUAUAAGUUUGGAAGCAAAACAGGUAGUUGAUAUUUUUAAUUACAGAACAAAAGGUGCAAAACGACCUUCGGUUUUGUUCAAUUAAACUAAUCCACUAAUCCGUAAAAGAACCAUUUGUAAACGUUUUUUGGAAAUCAAUUUUGUUCGACGGUUUCUUAAUUAUCUUAAAAUGUAUCAACUAAUCGUUGUUAAAUUUCCUCAGCAUAAUACGGACAAACAAUUUUUCAUAAUUAAAAAAUAUCAACUACCAGUUUUAAAAUUACAUUUUUUAUACAUUAAUAUAAAGUAUUUAAAAUAAUGAUUGAAUCACAUUGUUUCGAAUAACAAUACGAACAUGAAAUAGGUAAUAGUUUAGGAAUUAAAUAAAAUGUUGGAUCAGAUUAAGUAAACAGUUUUAUAAUGUAACAAGUAAUCUUUUAGGGAAUAUGAAUUUUAUAGAAAAAUACAAUAAUAAUUGAAGAAAAUUUAAAAAACCAUAAAAACUUAAGAAUAAUAAUCUUGUAAACCAAAGUACUUUUAUAUUAUGAAUAACUAUCAAUAUUAUAUUUAUAGAUAAUAUGUAUAUUUCGAUGUAACUUUUGUUUAUAUAAUUUUAAUUGUUAUUUUAAUAUUAUUUUAUGAGGCAUACAUUUUUAGCUAGAUGAAAAUUAUUAUAAAAUUUUAAAUUUUUUGUAGAUUAAAACUAUGAAAUAAUAUAUUGGUGUAUUCUUUACAUACA